AUGGCAACUAGCGAUUUGGAGUUUGGAGCUGGAGAUAGCCUUUGCCAUUCUGUCCAGUUUCUGCUUGAUUGUAAAGAAAAAGGAAGAAAACUUGGCAACAAUAGUCUAGCAUCAAUUUUCAUGGUUCCUAGGGUCUGCCGGGAUCACAGCCCAAGUUCUUUUAACCCUCGGGUGGUCUCUAUUGGACCUCUCCACAGACAAGAUAAAAAUUUGCAAGAAUUUGAAGUUCAAAAAACGACUUAUUUACAUCAUCUACUGGAUCUUUCAGGUUGCAACCCACAGAAAACGUUACAAGAAUGUGUGCACAAGGUGAGUAGGAAAAUAAAACUCGUCAAGGCAUGUUAUGCAGAGUCAAUGAUCUACAAUGAUGAAGAACUUGUUAGAAUGAUGGUUAUAGAUGCUUGUUUCAUACUUGAUUUCAUUCACCUUCUUUCAGAAGAUGAUGGACCAUUUCCACCUUUGCAUGAUAUCCCGACAGGAUCUAGAACACAUCCGAAGAGGCACGUGACCAUGGACCUAGAUAGAGCAGGGGUGAACUUUAUGCCUAAUGAAGAUGCAAAUUGGGCAAUGGCCAUGAAACUAGAAUUACCAAGGUUUUCAUGCUUCGCAUGGUUUUGGUGUAAGCCUACUUUGCGGAUGCCAAAAGUGACUCUUAAUGAUGACAGUGAACCAGUUUUAAGGAACCUCAUUAUUUACGAGCAGUCAUCUCUAGUUCCUAAUUACGUGACAUCAUAUGUUUGUGCCAUGGAUAUGCUAAUUGAUACUCCAGACGAUGUUGCAAAGUUGGUAAAAUCAGGUGUUAUUGCGAAUAAAUUAUGCUCGAAUGAGAAAGCUGUGAAUAUGAUAAACAGUGUAUGCAAAGAUGUUGCCUUACUGGAAUUUUUCUACCAUCAAGAGUGGCAAGAAUUGGAUGUGUACUACAAUAGUUAUUGGCCUAAUGCUGCUGCAGGGUUGAAGCGUACGUAUUUCAGUAGUCCAUGGAAUAUGAUUGCUUUAUUUGCUGGAAUUGUUUUGUUUGUUCUUACGGUAGUUCAGACAAUCUUUACAAUCAAGGCUGCAAAUCCAAUGAUUGUUAUUAAACAUUAA